AAGAACCUAAUUUGACAUUUGACAUUUGAGUAAUGACAAUAUUGUUUUUGUUAGUAUAAUAUUGAAAAUUCUAAUUACAAAAGCUUUUAGAAAUGUUGAAAUCAAAAGCUUUAGUUCAAGUCUUAAGCCAAGCAAAUACUGGUGGCGUAGAAAAUACAUUGUUAUUAAAUCAUGAAGGAGCUUUAUUAGCAUACAGUUGUUAUGGAUCAAAAAAUUCACGAGUAACAGCUGCAAUAGUGAGUAAUAUAUGGGCAGCUUAUGAAAAAAAUGGUCGAACAGCAUUCCGUGAUGAUAAACCACAAAUGAUACUGAUGGAGUGUAUGGAUGGACGUAUCGCUAUUACACAAGUCGCAAAUUUAUUAUUGUGUCUUUAUGCACGCAGUCAUGUUGGUUUUGGAUUAUUGCGUCAAAAAGCGAUGGCAUUAGCUGAAUAUCUUGAAGGGCCUUUAAAACAAGUUGUUACAUCCUGAAUAUAAUCAAAAUAUUUCUUGUCUUUCUUUUUUAUCAUUAUUAUAUAAUUAUUAUUGUAUGUAAAUAUAUUAUGCAAAAUAAAUUUGUUAUG